AUGUGUGUAAAUUUCUUGAAAUUAGCAUUUUUGUUUCAGUCAUUGGAAGAAUCCAAACUUCACCAAUUAGGAAUAACUCAUUGUGUAGAUGCCACAAACAUACCAAACACAAAACGCUUCCAAGGGAUUGACUACCUUUAUGUGCCAAUUGAUGAUUCGUUAAAUGUUGAUGUCACCAAAUAUUUUCAAGGGGUUGCCGAUUUUGUUAGAGGAGCAAAACAAAAAGGAGGAAAAACGGUCAUUUAUUGUGCUGCUGGUAUCAGUAGAGCUGCUACAUUAACAAUAAUGACUUUAGUAAUAAAUGAGGGAUUAUCACUACGAGAAGCUUAUUAUACUGUUGUUAGUGCAAGACCUAUCAUCGCCCCAAAUUUAGCAUUUUGGAGGCAAAUGAUUGCCUGGGAGAACGAAAAGAAUGGCAAGACUACAGUUCAUUUACUUAAAGGGAUGCGAAGUGAGUUUAUUUUUAAGUUUAAAAAAUGAGUUUCUGAAUAAGUAAACUCCAAAAAAGUUUCCAAGCAAUUUUUGGGGAGAAACAUGUUGUGAAUAACGAUUGGAAUGUUCGACAAGCGUAGAUAUCAAGGAUAGGCCUGUUUAAAAAAAAGUCAGGUCGGGGUUUCAAAAUUUUCUUAG